AUGUCCUGCUACGACCUGAUGUCCUACUCCAGCGAGUCCUGCGGCGUGAGCUGCCCCCAGCCCAUCGCCGAGAGCGCCAACGAGCCGUGUGUGCAGCAGUGCCCCGACUCCAGAGCCCUGAUCCUGCCCCCGCCAGUGGUGGUGACCAUCCCUGGCCCCGUGCUCAGCACCUUCCCUCAGGAGAGCGUUGUGGGAUCAUCGGGGCCAGCCUGGCCGGAGCGUUCCUUCAGUUCCCGCAGCUUCCAGGGCUAUGGGGGCUCCUUUGGGCUGGGAGGAUCUGGGGGUUAUGGGGGCUCCCUGGCCUUGGGGAGCUCCUCUGGCUAUGGGGGCUCCUUUGGGUCUGGAGGUUAUGGGGGCUCCCUGGGCUAUGGGGGCUCCUCUGGCUAUGGGGGCUCCUUUGGGUCUGGAGGUUAUGGAGGUUCCCGGGGGAAUUGGGGCUCCUUUGGGUGGGGACCUUUUGGAGGUUCCCAGAGCUAUGGGGGUUCCUUUGGGUUGGGGGGCUCCCAUGGUUAAGGAGCUCCUUUGUUUGGCAAUUGCGGGAGGUCCUACAGCUCCGGCUUCUCCUCGCGGGGCCUGGGCUAUUCCCUGCCUGGCUCCCAGAGAUGGGGCAGGUCCCGCCGCGGGAGCUGUGGGGUUUUCUAA